UUGACUCAACGUCACGAGUGGGAGCCGUUGUUUUGGCAAUCGCGUUGCUAUGAAAGUCGAGGCAAUUGACAAUCUGCAGCACAAGUUUUGUCGCCGUAUGGGGCCGAUCCCGAUCAGCCUUUCCGUGCUCCACAAGUCGUGGGCGCCCAGCUUUGAUUUCGUUCCUGAUCCCUGUCCUUGCCCGGCAAGCCAGGCCGAUCCACCGAUAGCCUCUCGUAAACCGCGUUGCCGUUCCGUCCCCACGACAUGGAAAGCAGUUGCCGUCACCCUUUCACUGGAGUUGGCAGUCUCCGAUUCUCCAAGUCGAGGUCAUUGUGCCUUCAAGACAGAAAACAACAUGGUCUUCGUAGUCUCAUCAAAAAUACUCUUCUUGCCUCUCCUGUUGCUCUCAGUCGCUCGACAUUUCGCGGACGCACACACAUGGCUAGACUGUAUUGAUACAGAUCGAUCGAAAUUGUACGACCAGAGCGCGUCGUACAUUUUUGGUGGUGCAGGUGGAAAUGGAUUUUGCGAUGGCUACGGAGCAGGUUACCCCGGACGUGGUGACAGUAGCAUCGGCACUGAAUAUACUCAUAAGAUGCUGAAAAACGAGGUCGAGGCGGGUACCCCCGUUUGCCAGGAAGUAGGCCCCAACACUUACUCGGAUUGGCGUAAGCGACUUUCCGUUGCAGCGGGACAGACAGCGUAUUUUGCCUAUUUGCCGAAUGGACAUAUCGUCAAGGACAAGAAGGGCGUUGGAACCCAGCACGGCGUCUAUUGGACAGGUCAGGUCGGCACUUCGCUCACAUCGACACACGACAUGACACAGGAACACUUGGUUGACGGUAAAACAAUGGAUUAUGAUGACGGCAAAUGCGGCGAGACGGUCGAUUACGAUGGUGCCCCUAGUGGUCGUGCAGGUGACGGCAAACCGUGUAUUGGCUCCUUUACGAUUCCGGCGGGCACGGCACCGGGAAUCUACAAAAUGGUGUGGUAUUGGACGUUCUGGCUGGACAACCAAGGCGCGUAUAAGGACCAGAACAUGGCUAAGGGAUACUUUGGUGCGGCGUACUCAACUUGUUUCGAAGUCGAAGUGACCGGUGGCAGCGGCGGUAAGACGACUCAGAAGGCAGCUCCAGCUCCAGCUCCAGCUUCGGUGACCAAAGGUGGACUUCCGGCUCCUGCACCAGCACCGGCACCAGCGCCCGCACCAGCUCCAGCUCCAGCGCCUGCACCCGCACCAGCACCAGCUCCAGCUCCAGCGCCUGCACCUGCACCAGCUCCAGCGCCUGCACCCGCACCAGCACCAGCACCCGCACCAGCACCAGCCCCAGCUCCCGCACCAACUGAAGCUCAAAUUGGGGGAGAAGCAGCGCCGAUGCCAGCAGCUCCUUCAUGCACACGGACGGUAUCGGAGGGAGACGCAGCAGUCGGUAUCAAUAUCGCCACCGAUGCGAGCUGUAGCUCUGGCGGCUUGGGGUGCAUUGACAACAUUUGCCGAUAUUGCAGAGUCACGAACACUGAUAAGUCCGCACCAUUUGUAGAGUGCGCUUCAAUUGCAGCCGCGGCUAAACCAGGAACAGUCGCCCCAGCUUGGACGUAACUGGACAUGGCGCAGGCCAGUUGAAGGCCACGGUAUCCGCGUUCGUCAUGUGGCCCGUGGUAUUCCGCCGGCCGCCCCACAUGUGCUAGAAGUGAUGCGUAUAGAUAGAUGGCUUACCAGACCAGAUACAAUACAUGUACCAGUCCCUGACGUGUG